AACCGAGGCGCCAACGCAAAGUAACAACAGCGCCACUGCCGCCAGCGGCCAGCUUAACAACGCCGAGCAAAUGUUGUCCAACAACAACAAGAACGCCAACGAGAUCUCCAGUAUUAGCAGCAACACAAAUGAAGCGCCGGCGCCAGAAAAAAUGCAAACGGACCAAAUUCCCUCGGCGCCAAUUACAGGCUACAGCAAUAACGCGGCCGCCAACAACAAACACGAAAAUGCCACGCUCGUUGCGGCUGAGGCGCAGCACGCAGCGAAUGUUGCUGCCGCAGCCAAUGCGGCGGCGGUCGCCACAGCUGCUGCUACCACCAACGCCACGGCAGCCAACAAUGCUAGCGCUGCGGCAGCACAAGCGUCCGCUGCUGCACCCGCGGAGCGACCCGCCAUGGCCGAUUGGAGCGUAGCUGAGGUGUGCGAGUUCAUACGCCACCUGCCCGGCUGCACGGACUACGUAGAUGACUUCGAGCAGCAGGAGAUCGACGGUCAGGCGUUGAUGUUGUUGAAGGAGAAUCAUCUGGUGAAUGCGAUGGGCAUGAAGUUGGGGCCGGCUCUGAAGAUCGUCGCCAAGGUGGAGUCGAUGAAGGAGCAGGCGCCAGCGCCGAAUGCGGAGAAAGAGCUGCAGCAGUAGAGGCGGCGUCUGAAGCUUGUAAAUAAAUUUUGUGAGGCGGUAAUUUAAUUAAAAAUUUAGCAUAGACGGCGACAACUAAUUGAUAAGUAGGCUUUGUAUAUAAAAUUUAGCGGCAACUGAAAGGUGUGGUUAACUGUAAAAGGAGAAUUUAAAUUUAAAUGGUUUAAACUUUUUAAUUUUCUACUAAGGCAACGUAAACUUCUUCUAUUGUGUGGCGGCAAAGAAAUUUGAAUUAUUUAAUAUUAAUUCAUCACAACAUAAAUUGGAUUAACUGUUUUUUGGAGUAUUUGCGCUAUUUUGUUGAUUCAUAUUUUAUUAUUAUACGAAAGUACAGUUUUUAUUAUUAUAUAAUUCUACCUUAUUUUUAUUCCACUUCCUUUUAAUCGAGAAAUUAGUGAAUUUAGUGCUUAAGUUUUAUAAAAAAGUUAAGAUAAGUAAAGUUUAGGUUUAGCGCUGGUGUUUUGCAUGCUGCGCCCCGGCACACAUUGAGUUGUGGAUAUUUGAGAACUCAGAAACCUACAUAUGUAAACUCAAAGAGUAUUUUUAUUUUUAUUGCCAAUAGGCUAUUACAUAACGACUAUGUAAUACUUAAUGUUAGCUUGUAAGCGUGUACAUGUAACUGAAUACUAAUAUAUAAUAUUGCUACUCAAGCAUAUUCGAAUUGAAUAAAUGGCAUUAACUGCGAGUAAGUUUAUGUGAAUAUUUCAUAAAAGAA